UGGCGACGGUGACUACGACUUUGGCAAUGGCGGAGCAAUGCUGGCGCGGAGCGGGAGCAAUAUUUGACGACGGGCAAUUGUGGGAGCGAACAGUCAAAUCGACAGAUACACCGAGAGACCGAAAGCAGCUGGGGCUCUUGGCUGGUCAGUGGGAUUGCUGCCUCCUUGAUCAUGUGGAUGGGCAGUACAUGGCUAUGUGGGCUCUCUCGUUCUUGCCCUUGCUAUUCUCCUAUUUUCGCUAUCGUUGUGUAGGACUACCAUGGCUACGGACAUUUGCACGCGCGCUUAGCUCUGAGAGAACAGUUAGCGGCCCCUAGUCAAGCCAGUGGUAGCAGCGUUCCUACAGCAACGAGUAGCACGGCGGUUCUAGACAAGCGCCAGUGCUCGAGGAGGAGAGCGGAUCUAUCCCUUUUUUUUUCAUUUGCUGUUUGGCCGUGCUGCGCUGGCUGCCUUCGACUUCAACUCGCGGCGACUCUUUCUUUCCCUCCUCCCUUUUCGUUUUCGGCAGUCACCCGUUCACUGAGCGACCACUAUACAAGCUUUGCUGCCACCACUCCUUGCGAAUCCGUUCAGCCUCCUUUUAUCUCUCGCCAUUCGUUUUGUUUCUCCUUUGUCCUGAGGGAGAGCGAUGCGUGGCGCCCUCCAGUGGGCGCCAGAGUCGUGUCCUGCAGCCGUGCCGCUGCCAUCUGUUAUUAUUGUACUACCGCGAGGAGGACGGCCGUUCCCUUGCCGACGGACGGAGAGACGAAGCGUUGGCAGCGCCGCUACUGGGAGGCCGCCAUCUCUUCUGUCUGCCUGCGAGUGAGUCGAGCCGCCCAUGCGAGUGCCUGUGCCUCCUGCUGCCUUCGCCUGUUUGCUGCUGUCUGCCUGUCUUGAGUGGACUGAACUCGACUCACUGCCUGUGAUCGCCUGCCACAGACUUUACCGUGGUCUACCUAUCUCUAUCUGUCUGACGACUUAACACUGUCUGACUGUUCAUUCGUUCGUUCGUUGAUCGCGCGUUUGGUGAGUGCAGCACGACUGAGUACUACUACUACUACUUUUGCGGAUCGCUGUGCAGGUGCUGGUGGAGUUCAGCAGUGCAGCUGACCAUCGCAUGGACUGAUUUGCAGCCGAGAAGCAGAGCCAGCGUUGUGUGUGCGUGCCCAGCCGUCAAGCCGCGGCCCGGACCACCACCACAUAGGAGCAAGUCCGUGUGCCCACAACAAGGUGACUCUAAGGACAAUAUCGGGCGAGUAGUGCGUCCGUCGGGAGCCCGGAGCACCAGGAAUCCCGUCCCGUUCCCGUUUCCUGCUAGCAGUACAGCACGAACACAGACGACAAGAGACACAGACGCACUCCGUCACCAUGGUGAACACAUCUGUGCAAGUGGCCAUUCUAGCCGUUGUCUUCAUCCUUGCCAUCACCUUUAUUCCCUCGGCGGAUUCCCUUAGAUGCUACAUCUGUAACAGUAAAUACAAUGGCACGACGUGCCUGUCACCGCCGCACAAGGAACACAUACAAGAGUGCCCACUCAUACACGGCAACCCCGCUUCCCUUUGCAGGACCAUGUACAUAACCAUGGGCAUGGAGGAGGCUACAGUGGAUCGCCGUUGUGGCUACCUACCCCAGCACAAGACCUGUCUGAACACGGCGACAUUCCAGAUCAAAUCCACGACCUGCCAAUGCAAAACGGACGCCUGUAAUCCAGCGUCCCCCUCUGCAGCUCCGGCACUAUUGCUCGUCACGCUGAGCGCAGUGAUCGGCAUCGGACUUUGCCGGCCGUAAAGCCGUUAGUUCUAGUGGUCACACACUCAUACAUAUUCAGCACUCGCAGAAUACAGUGCUGCGUUACAGCGCCCGGCCCAGUCUGGCCUGCGCAGAAGCAGAUGCCCCAGUCACUUAGUGUACACAACAACUACUAUUCUUGUUGCUACAAGAAGCGCUACAAGUGUAGUCAACCCCUCCAGCAGUAACAAUAACAACGGGACUCCAUCUUUUCUUCUGUCAAAUCGACUAGCAGCCAUUGCAAAAACAGUAACAAUAAGAAGGCAAAACUGCUAAUUGUAAUACCACAAUUACUAGACAAGUACUAAAAGACUCAUUACGACAUUAGUAACAAUGCGAUCUGUAUAUUGCAAUAGAAGCAACUGCUAACACAGCUAUAGCAGUAGGAUCAACCAAAGGCCAAAAGCAAGCCAUUUGCAGCAGCAGCAGCAACAGCAGCAACAAAUUAUUGCUAAUAACACUAAUACGAUUAUGAACAGCUAAAACACGAACCACUUCUACUGCUACAACUAUAUGAUUAUGAUCGUUACUAUUAUUACUAGCAAUAUUGUACUAUGAUUAUAGUCACUGCAAUGACAAAGGGAUUUAUUUGAUAAAUAUAAUGGCUAAGUGAAGUAUAAGAAUUAGAACAUUAUAAAAAUGAUGAUAACAAUAAUAACAACAAUACUAUUAGUAAAGAUGUAAGAAAAAUACUAACAAUGCUAAAUAGAAAAAUCGUUAUAAUUAUAAAAAAAAAAGAUCUGAUAUGAGCAAGAAACCACUGUGAGCCAAACCGAGCGAGGAACGACUCAAGAUCCGUAUGCGGCCAUAAAAUAGUAAUAAUAAUCGUAAUAACGAGAUGGAGACGUUGAAUGAAAUGAUGAAAUAACACGUUUUUACUAAAAAAUAAUGUCAUUGCUGUAUAGAUUGCCCGUUUCCUUGCCCCAGUCGCCUCGGUACUGAGCUCCUGCACUAGGUGACCAUCGAGAUGAGGGGGACCCAAAUCUGUAAGAAUCCACUCACUCAGUUUUGGAGACUAAAAAAAAAAAAGCCGACAGCAGAGAAGUAAGUAAAAAUUUUAAAACAGUCCUAAUUGAAUUUCUUUGCAACG